GCCUUCUUCGCGUGCCCGUUAAAAGGCGAGGGGGUGGCGCGUGUGGCUUCUUGCUGCAGAGCGUCUCGGUGGCCGAGUGAAGGAAAGGGGCAUUUCCUGCGGUCGCUCCUGCACCUGGAGAAAAGGAGCGGGGUCUCCUCGAGCCGAGGCCGGCGAUGUCUGAUCCAGCACAGCCAGCUGCCCCAGGGGCAGAAGGAGAAAAUGCUGGGGGAGCCCCUGGACAACCUCCAAAUUUGACCAGUAAUCGUCGCCUGCAGCAAACUCAAGCACAGGUGGAAGAAGUGGUGGAUAUUAUGCGUGUGAAUGUGGACAAAGUCUUGGAGAGAGAUCAGAAGCUGUCAGAACUAGAUGAACGAGCAGAUGCCCUCCAAGCCGGUGCCCAAGUAUUUGAAAGCAGUGCAGCAGCACUCAAGAGGAAGUAUUGGUGGAAGAACUGCAAGAUGAUGAUCAUGCUGGGAGUGAUCUGUGCCAUUGUGGUGAUUGCAAUUGCCCUCUACUUUUUUACCUGAGAAUGUGCUUCCCCCUCCCCCCUUCCCCAGUCUGCAGCCUCCUUUCCCCCAUAGCCCUUUCCUGUCCUGAUUUCAUCUUCUCUUUUGUUUCUCCUGUCAUUCUGGCUUUGACAUCUAUUUUCCUUAAGUUACAGUUUAAUGCACUGUUUGCAGCUUUGAGUUGAAACCCUUCACAAAUGGUGCAGCCUUUGUAAGCAGGCCAGCUCUUUUUUGAAGGGUGGCAUUGGGCCUAGUGAAGGAAAGGGAUAUAUAUAAGGGGAGGGGUAUAUGGGAAAGGGGGGCAUGGGCUGGGGUCUUGUGUUUGGUGAUACAUUCAGGUUUCGCUUGUUGCUUGUGGUAUAUUACAGGUGUCCUUUCCCCUUAUGACUCUAUUGCAAAGCAUCCUCUUUGGCUAUGAAAUGUCUACAGCAUUAGGUGGUAGGAGAGGAGAGAAGCUGAGUCCUGAACAUUUUUUCCCCAAGAGAGACUAUUUAAGUAUGUGACACAAUAAUUGGUCUUGGUUUUAAAUAUAAAUUCAUGCUAGAUUCUCUGUUUGUAGAAGUUUUGGUCUUACGAAGACCAUAGUUUUUUCUGUACUUUUUCUGAGGUACCUCCUGGCCUCACAAAUGCAGUGUAAAAGAUACUGGUUGAUUCAUUUUCCUUGGCUCCAAAGUAGGUAGAUGGUUACCUACAUUCUUAGUAUUAUCAUAGUUGAAAUCAAUAGUGAUCUCAAAACUGUGUUGUCGAAGGCUUUCAUGGCGGGAAUCACUAGGUUGCUGUGAGUAUUCCGGGUUGUAUGGCCAUGUUCUGGAAGAGAAUGCUUCUGGAACAUAGCCUUACAGCCCGGAAAACUCAGAGCAACCCAGAUCUCAAAACUGCAUACUUCUUUGCUCUUCUAUAGCUGUGUAGCUUGCUUGACUACUCAGGUAGCUUAUUUUUGUGUGUCAGGAGUGACUUGAGAAACUGCAAGUUGCUCCUGGUGUGAGAGAAUUGGCUGUCUGCAAGGACGUUGCCCAGGGGAUGCCCGGAUGUUUGAUGUUUUUGCCAUCUUUGUGGGAGGCUGGAGCUGACAGAGGGAGCUCAUCCAUGCUGUUCCUGGAAUCGAACUGGCGACCUUCAGGUCAGCAACUCAACCUUCAAAUCAGCAGUCCUGCUGGCACAAAGGUUUAACCCACUGUGCCAUCAGGGGCUCCUAGAAGCUUAUUGAGAGUCCACCACUCAGCUAGCAAGUCCCGUGCUGCUUGCUUUUUGGCUGAAUAGGAAAUGCAAAUGCUUAAAAGUAGCAAUGUGUCCAGGACUUGCUACUCUGCACAUGCUGUUGUAGGAGGACAUACUUUUUCAAGGCAGUUGUGCUGCAUAAGGACAGGUCUAAAAGUAAAACAGUUUCUCGGGAUGAAGACAGCAAUGUGGUAUACGUGGAAACUGACUGAAUUCUGAUUUUCAUGUUUUUUUAGGUCACCACUUGAUAAUAGUGGUGAGCAUGCAUCUUUGAGCUCAUGCCUAGUGGCCAGCUAACAUGAUCUGCUGAAGAAAAUGCAGGGAAAUGGUUGCGAGGAAGAAUGUGCUCAAGAGUGAGUACUGCUGUGUUUGCUAAUCAGGUGACAGAUUUUUGUGUCAGGAGCAACUUGGGAAACUGCAAGUCACUUCUGGUGUUGAGAGAAUUGGCCAUCUGCAAGAAUGUUGCCCAGGGGACGCCAGGAUGUUUUACCAUCCUGUGGGAGAUUUCUCUCAUGUCCCCGCAAGGGAAGCUGGAGCUAACAGAUGGGAGCUCAUCCCGCUCCCUCGAUCUGAACCUCUGACUUUGCAGUCAGCAGUCCUGCCAGCACAAGGGCUUAACCCAUUGUGGCACCAGGUGCUCCAGGGUACAGGAGGUGAUGUAUUUAUGCAGCAUAGUCCAAGACAGACUGUUUUUGGAUGCACAAAUGCCUUCCUUGCUACAGCCAGAUAGAAUGCAGUUGAAAGCGGGAUAGAAGUUGUGGUGCUGUGUAGGGUUGGGGUGGUCAACAACUGCCCCUGAAUGUGAUUGGAAAGUGAUUUACUUUGUCCUAAAAUUCUACCCUAGAUGUGGCAGGAAUAGCCUUGACUGUCCCCACAGCAUGUGGCAAAAAUGCUGACUUUUUGCAUGUUCACUGCCGUGCACCAGCAUUUCAUUUGCAGAGUUCAUCUCCUUGCGAUUGUCCAUCUUUCUCCACUGUGGAGGAUGAUGAAGGAAAACAGGAACAGAGCUUCCAUCGUCUUUGGACAGGCCUCUCGCAUCUCAGUGAAUUGAGCUGACUGAGUGCAACAUCUGAAGAGGAGCCAGGGUCCCAUUGAUGACGAUGCCACUACGGUCAGUGUGAGAAGAAACCACAGUAAGAUAUUGAGGCCUCUCUUGAUCUCUUCUGGACAAGAUCUUGGUUUGAUCUGCUGGCAUCUUUAUGGAGAGACGUUCUCCUGGCUGCUUUUUUGUGUCUAUCUGUUCUCCUGAAUGUUGUAUGUUGCGCCUCCUCCUCCUCCUUUUCCCAUUCCACUGCUCCAUCUCUUUAUGCAUGGGCAAAAAACUACACCCACCCCGCCCUCUGUGCCUACAGCAAGGGACUACUUUCUCUAUGCACAGGACUUCAGCCGCUUUCUCACACGCGUGUGGUCUCCCCUUGUGAGGAACGCAACUGUGAUCUUUCCUCUUAGCAUGUGUAUCUACCCGCUCAUGUACUCUUAACAACUUCUGCUAACACACACUUCUUCACCACCCAAAUGAAUCCGGUUUGUCUGUCUGGAUAUUGGAGGGGGGAGUAGGCCCUGCUUGGAGUUUAUAGCAAAGCAGAAGCAGCCAGGCUAAAAAUAAUGGGCAUGAAACAUAGCAUGUGAUACCACCUGAAAGAUAUGAUUUGGUAGCUCUCAGGUAGAUAGUGAGACACCAUGAUGGGCUUAGGAGAGCCUGCAAGUGUGGUGCAGCUAUGUCAGUGUUCCUUGCUGCAUUGGCAUUGUUGUGUCAUUGCUGCUUUCCUCCUUAACAGAUUGUAAGUAUCCCUGGUCCUUGGUGAGAGGAGUUACUUUAGUACAGAGCUGUAUUCCAUCUUACAUGUGCACAUGCCCAAAGGCUGGCCUUGGAGAACUUAAGAGCCGGAUGCAAUUAACAGCAAUAGAAGCAGCGAUAAUCCCCCAGGCUAGCACAAGCCCUGCUUAGCACACCUACGUCUCCACUUUGCUCUUACCUUACUGGCAAUCCUGCACAUCCUAUUCCUUCACACAAACAAAUAACUUCAGUAACACUGUUCUUAUAGGUAGAAUAAACGACAUUUAGAUAAGCAAAUCCUUGGCAUUACAGUUUUCCUAAUUUGGUUUUCCUUCAGAGAGGUGGAAAUAUUUUGUGACACUAGCAUUUGAGAAGCUGCAGCCAAGAUGGCACAAGCGUCUUAUUUCUCUAUCACAUCUAAAAUGAAUGUUGAAGGCCUUAAGAGCCCUCACCUUGGUGAAAGGGAGAGGUCUUAUCAAAGGCUUUCAUAGCCGGAAUCGCUGGGUUGCUGUGAGUUUUCCGGGCUGUAUGGCCAUGUUCCAGAAGCAUUCUCUCGUAACGUUUUGCCUACAUCUAUGGCAGGCAUCCUCAGAGGUUGUGAGGUCUUUUGGAAACUAGGUAAGUGGGGCUUAUGUAUCUGUGGAAUGUCCAGGGUGGGAGAAAGAACUCUUGACUGUUUGCGGCAAGUGCAAAUGUUUCAAUUGGCCACCUUGAUUAGCAUUGAAUAUCCUUGCAGCUUCAAAGCCCUGGCUACUUCCUGCUCCUUUCAACAGAAAGGAGGGAACAAUGAAAAUGAACAAAAUCUGGCUACCAGUAUUAAAAAAUCUCUAAAAUCAGGAUAGUAAAUAAAGAGCAACACUCAGAAAACAAAGGAGUGUUGGAGUCUCUUUCUUUGGAGGCCUUUAAACAGAAGCUGGAUGGCCAUCUGUUGGGGGUGCUUUGAAUGCAAUUUCCUGCUUCUCGGCAGGGGAUUGGACUGAAUGGCCCAUGAGUUCCAGACAUGAAUCAAUCGGGGCCAGCUAACACCUCCAACAAAGGAUUCCCCCUGGCAGUAAGCAGCCAGACUUUGAAACUGAAAGACUAUUCAAUGCUAAUCAAGGUGACCCAUUGCAACAUUAACACCUGCCUCAACAGACAAGAGUUCUUUCUCCCACCCUGGACCUUCCACAGAUAUAUAAACCCCACUUGCCUAGUUUCCAACAGACCUCACAACCUCUGAGAAUGCCUGCCAUAGAUGCAGGCGAAAAGUCAGGAAAUAAUGCUUCUGGAACAUGGCCAGACAGCCUGGAAAACUCACGGCAACCCAGGGAGAGGUCUGUUUUUAUCAGAUUUGAACCAGACCGAACAGCAUCCCCUGCAUGAAAAGUGAGCAGGUCUAGGUAGUAUUAUGACGUUAAUAAUGAGCCCAGCUCUUGUGUGCUUUGUCACCUUCUAUUUUCCAGUUCAAGAGAUGAAGCAUAACUGGAAGGAAUGGGAGGGGAAUAUUUAUGCAUCCAUAAAUACUUAAAUACUUAAAAUCUGACUCUGGGAGAAGAUUGUGUCUCCUGAAAUGUUGUUGGGUUGCAACUCCCUUCACACUUCUGGUAGCCUUGGGGGAAGGUAGAGUCUCAUAGCAGCUGGAGGGCCACAAUUUGCCCUCUGCCCAUCUAACCUACUUUAAACCAUUUCUGUUUUAAUAAUAAAAAUGCAAGCAGGCAUUUUACAAAAAAAGGGGAGAGAAAAGCUGCUAUGCUUUGUGUAUGUCGCAAUUCUUUGUCUCACUGCUGUCCUUGUUACCUGUCAGUGUGGGAAUGGCACUGAAAGUCUUCUGUAGCUACUGUUAACACAGGUGUAUAUAUUGGUGAGUACCAAAGUCAGAGCAAAACUGUGUCUGGCUCACAGAGAUGACAGGACCAAUUAAAGCAGGACCAUUGUGUCUGUGUCUGAUACCCAUGUCCUCACCGAAAUGUUGCUGCCUGAAGCUGCCCUUGUCGACUCAUUACAUGGCAGAACGAUGUCUUCUUUAUUUCUCUUCCAUACAAUGUAUGUAUUUUCUCUACUAUCUGUCCUGCACUGAUUUAAAAUGGCAAGUGUUUUGCUACAAAUACACUGGAAUCAUAACUGUCAUAUAAUACAUUAAACCAUUCAAUAUAACCA